AUGAUGACGUCGUUAAUUACGAAUACAAUAGACAACAAGUUGACCUUUGAGGAGCUACUAAUCGUGACGUUACUGGCUACUACGGCGUUUUUUCUUGUAGCUCUUGGGGGUGCAUUGUAUCACAAGUCUAAACAAAAAGAUGAGAAAGUUCCAGUCUCUCAAUUACGUACGAAGAAGAAACAGCGUUUGAAGAAAAAGAAUGAAACCACAACGCCAUCGCAAUUGAAAAAGUUAGUGGUUGUAGACAAUAAGAUUGAGAUUAGUGCCGAGACAGUCCUUACGGAUCUUAAACGCUAUGCUAUGUCGGAUGCAUGGCGUCACAAAAUUGUGUACACAUUUUUAGAUGAUUUAGGACGUGAGACCAUUAAUCUUAGCUUUAAAGAGAUUGAUCAAGCUGCACGAAAAAUUGCUACAGUAUUGCAACGCGAUGCUGUUGUUAGAAAGGGAGAUAAAGUGAUUCUGUGUUAUCCUCCUGGCUUGGAUUUUGCAUUGGCUUUUUGGGGUUGUUUGUAUGCUGGAGUUGUGGGUAUUCCAGUAUAUCCUCCCUAUCCAGGGACAUUGACGAAAGAUUUACCUAAAUUUAGUAAGCUUGUAGAAGAUUCUACCGCUACAAUUGUCUUAACCAAUACGACGUAUCAUCUUGCAAGCAAGAUGGCUACAGUGAAAAAGUAUUUUUCCACGGCCAGGAUAUCGUGGCCAGCUAAUGUGCAGUGGAUCACUACGGAUAAUUUACCAGACUCACUAGUUACGCAGUAUAAGGAGGAGGAUGCACUGUCGCUAAGUUACAAGGAUGUUGCAUUCUUUCAGUAUAGCUCGGGCUCGACGUCGGCUCCGAAAGCAGUCAUGAUCUCGCAUGGUAACUUGAAAGCACAGAUAAAGACGUGGGAAAGCAUUGUCCCUACGGAUACAAUGGUGAGCUGGUUACCGAGUUAUCACGACAUGGGGUUGGUUGGGUUUAUCAUUAUCCCGUGCGUCACGGCUGCGCGAUGUGUGAGCAUGUCACCGAUUAGCUUUAUUAAGGAUCCAGCGCUCUGGAUGCGCACAGCCAGCAUGUACAAGGCUACGCACGUGUGUGCGCCCAAUUUUGGUUUUGCGCUCGCGGCGAGAAAGACAAGCGAUACACAGGUGGCAACAAUGGAUUUGAGUACGCUCAAGCAUACUAUUUGCGCGGCUGAGCCUAUUCGUCGCGAGUCACUGGAAGCAUUCACAUCCAAGUUUAAAGCUGCUGGUUUCGACCCUAAUACGUUCAAUUGUGGCUACGGUUUAGCAGAAGUUACUUUAGUGUGUACUGGUCAACUUUGCCCGCAGAAGCCGACGCUGCUAGAUGUCAACAAACACGUGUUAGAGACACAGCGCAAAGCCGUUAUAUUAAGCACCAACGAGAGGAAGCAAUUUUCUACCUCCGAUGUUCUACAGCUAGUAGGCUGUGGCAAAGCCAUGCCGACAUUUAGUGUUUUAGUUGUGGACCCGGAUACCAAGACAUCACUUGAUGAAUUGCAGAUCGGCGAGAUCUGGGUGCAAGGGCCAUCGGUGGCUAUCGGCUACUGGAACCGUUCUAGAUACACAGAGAAGAUGUUUUGUGCACAACUUGCUGGUGCAAAAAGCUCGAGUAACAUAUACUUGCGGACUGGUGACUUGGGGUUUCUCCACAAGAGCGAGCUUUUUGUGACGGGUCGUCUCAAGGAUUUGAUAAUUAUUCGAGGUCGCAAUGUUUGCCCGCAAGAUGUUGAGACAUCCGUUGAGCACGCUCACGAAUACGUCCGUCCGGGCUGUACUGCUGCAUUUUCCAUCGAAAACGGUGACGAGGAGGCACUUGUGGUUGUUACAGAGGUGCGUAAUGGAUCUUCACUGCAGACAUUGGAGGUAAUUUGUCGUGAAAUUAUCGAAAUAGUGCUUUUAGAGCAUCACUUAAAGUGCGAAGCAAUUGUAUUGCUCCGUCAAAAGACGGUACCUAAGACCACCAGCGGCAAAAUUCAGCGCAGUGCCGCGAAAACCCAUUUCUUGAAUGGCACACUCACGAAGCCUUUGUAUGAGUAUAGGGCGAAGACCAGGAACUUGCAUGUGUCGCCCUCGACAGCACCAACAAAGUUGCCUGGAGAAAACGUUUCGUGUGGAAAGUGUAAGACACCUGGCGAUAUCCUUGCAUGGCUGUUGGACUAUGUAGCCCGAGAGAUAGAAGUACAUACAGCAGCUGCCAAUACUGAAUUAACGACGACGACCAAUCGUGUAAACAUUGACCCAAAUACUCCAUGGGCUUUGUUUGGAAUGGAUUCGGUGUCGAUUGUUGGGUUGUCAUCGGACCUGGGUGAAUAUCUUGGGUGCGUUGUUUCCCCUUCCUCAUUCUUUGAUUACGACACACCAUUCAAACUAGCUAAUGCACCUGGUUUAGCGUCUGGUGAUUUAAUUGAAGGCCAGGGAAAAGACGAUCAAAAUGGCGUAGGAUUGAUCCAGAAUGCAACGACCGUGGAGGAGAUUGGCACAAAUCUCUUUGAAAUUGAGCAUUUUCCAGAGGUUCAAGUGCUUCUUGGGCAAAUGAAGCAGUUUGAAAGUGCUGGAUUGCGUGUGCCGUUUUUGGAGACACUCACGCCUGAGAAACGCCGUAUGACAAAUUUCAAUACCUACAACUACCUUGGCAAUGCAUCGGAUCCUGAAGUAGCGGCUGCGUCAAAAGCAGGAAUUGAGGAAUAUGGUACGACUAUGAGCUCGUCUCCUAUUGUGGGCCAGACGCAAGUAAAUGUUGAUUUGGAAAAGGCACUCAGCACGUUUUUCUACGCUGAGGCCAGCAUUCUUUUUGUCGGGGGCUGGGUGGCAAAUGUCACAACUAUCGAUGCAAUCGUGUCGAAGGGCGACUUGAUUCUGUGCGAUGCACUUAACCACGACUCUUGUGUGAGUGGGCAACGCCUUAGCGGCGCCACCAUUUUGCCUUUCCCGCACAAUAACACCGAGGCACUUGAACGUAUGCUGUCGAGGCUGCGCAUGAAAUACCGUCGUGUGCUUGUCGUGAUUGAGGGCGUGUACAGUAUGGACGGUGAUAUACCAGACGUGCGCGAGAUGGUCCGCAUCAAGAAGAAGUACAAGGCUCUGCUAUUUAUUGAUGAAGCUCACUCGUUUGGUACGAUGGGGGCUACAGGGCGCGGUGUAUGCGAGCACUUCGAUGUAGACCCGAGGGAUAUCGAUAUCCGAAUGGGCACAAUGAGCAAGGCUCUGGGAUCAGUCGGUGGCUUCAUCCUUGGCUCAGAAAUACUUGUCAAGUACCUAAAGCACUGCGCUGGUGGCUUCGUGUUUUCAGUGGGUUUGGCUCCUGCUUGCGCCUCGGCCGCGUUAAAAUCGGUUGAAUUGAUGACAAAAGCCCCAACGCGUACACUUAUGCUACAGGAGCGAAGCAAGUACUUCUACGACCUGUGCAAGAAGAACAUGAUCCCAAUGGGUGAAAACACUUUUCGUGGUGCGCCAGUGGUUGUGGUAAUCAUCGGUACUACUAUCGCAACUGCUAACGCGUCUGAGUUUUUGGCAUUGCACCAAAUCAAUGUGAAGCCUAUUGUGUACCCUGCCGUUGAGGAAGGCAACGAAGAGGCCGACCAAGAGAGCGCUGCUUCGGCUAAGGGCGCUGCUUCGGCUAAGGGCGCUGCUUCGACUGAUGAUGUGGAAGCUUCUGGUGCUGCAGGUGCCACCACUGACGCCAAAGUCAUCGCCGCCAGCGUUUCCGCCGGCAUCGACGAGGAAAAGAACGCCGCCGUUGGCGAUGAACAUCUAGAAGCUGGUCUCGCGAUGGACCGUCUACCCUCGACAGGCGCAUCUGUCCCGCCUACUGGCCUCAACGCAUGA